CCGACAAUUUAGCGAGUACAGAAACCGAAGCAGAACUUUUCGGCCCAAAUGUGACUUUCGCUUAAAAUGGCCGACUUGGGUGGAUUAUCAGAAGAGGAGUUAGAUGAAUUGGAUAUAGACGAACUUUUAGCACGUGUGGAACGCAAACCGCUAACUUUUUCGAGGACUAAAUCGCUAAAUCAAGCACCAGAAUUUUCGAAGCGGUUAUCAGGAGAGGAUACAGUAGACGAAGGUGGUGAAACUGUGUUAACGUGUGUAGUGUUAGGAUUUCCGCGACCACAAUUAUUCUGGUAUAAAGAUGCCGAUCAAAUUCAUCCGGAUCAUCCACGUAUGCGCGUGGAAGAACAAGAGGGUGGGGUCUACACGUUAACGAUUAAAAAUGUGAGUAAGGGUGACGAAGCUGGAUAUAAAUGUAAGGCGGUAAACAUCGAUGGAGAAACAGCGAGCACCUUCUUUUUAUUUGUCAAACAAAAACCCAAGAAAGGAGGAUCAAGGGGUAAAAAACGCCGUCGAGUAUCGUACCCACCGAUGUUUGCCACCAUAGUUGAAAAGGUGGAAGAGGAGGAGAGAGCUGCCAAGGAGGCACGAUAUGCGCCUCCCUCACCCUUAUCAGAACUUUACGUUGGAAUAACUCUGAAAUCCAGGCACACGUGGCCAAAGUUUUUGGGAGAGUGGGCGUUUGCUGAAGAUGCUGUCAGAAGUUGUUCUGAUGAAACAACAGAAAGCCCACCCUCAAGCCCUGAUGGUGAAGACCCAAAUGUGAUUGGAAAGAUCAAGGUGAAAGUGAAAGUUAACGAGAAGGUAUCCAAGCCAGUUAAGUCCAUUCUGAAGACUGGGAAAUUUGGAGAGGAACCCAAAAAUACAAAUGGAAAUAAAUCAUCAGCUUCAUCAUCAAAAACAGAUCCUGGUAAGCCUCCAGCCAGCCCAUCAUCUCAAAACAACAACAAAAAUCCAGCCACUUCAACCAAGAAAAUUGAAACAAAAAGUAGUACAAAUCGAACAGAAUCCAAGAAAACAACCACAACCACCACCACUACAGCAACAACCACAAAAACAACUACAAGAACUACUAAAUUAAAUGGUGCAAUACCAACAAACACAGACAAUGGGAAGACUGUUAUUAAAACCACCCAACCCUCAACAACAGUGUCUGAGAAAACAGAAACCAAAACAACAAAUUCGACCAUUGCCGAUUCAAAAAUUCUUAAAACCUCUGAAUCCAAAACAGCCACAAAUGGGUCAAAGUUGAAGUCGACCACAACAACAAAUAGUUCCACUACUACAACCACCAGUAAGAGCAAUACUCGAUCUUUAACAGCUCACAGAAUAGAAGAGUCAAAGCAAUCAUUGACGAAACCACAAGGUAAAACAGACGGUCAUCAAGAAACAAAAACGGCAUCUACAGUCACAAACACAGUACAAACUACCCAGAAUAAUUUACCCAAGAAUGGAAAGUCUGAAGAAAAUAACAAUACUGAAAACAAAACAUUGACAGAUAAAGUAAAUCUGAAUAAUCGAGAACCAUCACCCAAGGAAGAAAAUGGCAAAAAAUCUGUGUCAAGCAAAACUCAGAGCCUUCAGGAGAAGUUGAUCAAGCAAACAACAAAGACUAGCAACUCCUCUAGCAAAAAGAUUUCUACAGGGUCCCUGUCCCUUGGUGUUUCGAAACUUUCUGAAAAGUUAACGGGCAGUUCUCCAGUACGAGAAAUCUCUCUGUCACCCAAAGUCAGCCCAACUAAAGAAGUUCGUAAAGAUGAGAAUAAUGGAUCUACUGUUCAAAAAUCCAAAAUUGAACCAACUACUCAGGCAGGAACACCGAAUACCACUUCUUCAGUAACCUCCAAAACAAUGAAAUCUGAGAAAAUUGAGUCAUCAUUAUCCCAGAAGAUAACUUCUACGGUAUCAACGGUGACUACAAAACCAGGUCAGCUGAACCUUACAUCGAAUACUUCUUCUGGUUCUACUGCAAAUACAUCUACAACUGCUUCAAAAGACUCAAAAACGUCUCCAGCUUCAAAAAUAAACACAAUCAAUGCCACAGGGGCGCCUGUCCAAACAAAUGACUCUCAAAAUGGAUAUAAGGCCGAUACCCCUGCUGCCCCAACUUCAACAACAGCAUUAAAGGAUUCUAAAACAAAACAAACACAACAACAAACAUCCAGUACUAAACUAACAAAACAAUCUCAAUUGCAGCAAACAGUACAAAAGACUGUUGUGCCUGACAAAACUACAACAACAAGCGAGACUAAACAAACUCCUGUAGCACCAACGAGUCUGAAAAUAUCGCCACAUGGUACAAAUACAAAAACAUCACCAACAUCCAAUGCUAUACCCAAUCAAAAGCUCCCACAGCCAGAGACUACAACCUCAACAACAGCCUCAUCCUUAAAAGCAGCUUCUCCUGUUACUGCAAAAGCAUCACCAACAGCUGAUGUUGCUCCAAAUCAGAAGCUAGCAUCUCCAGUUACUGCAAAAGCUCCUGCAUUGCUCACAGCAUCAAUAUCUAAUGAUAGCCAAAAACAAGUUCUUUCGCCAGCUAAAUCUCCAUCAUCACCAUCUAGCAAACUACAAUCUGCACCGUGUGCCACAUCUGCAGCGGUUAUUGAGAGUCCUGUGUCUCCAAAGAUUAUACCAGUACACAAUAUGGCACUUCCAGGAAAAUCAGAGCCAGAAUCAACAGGACCCAAAUAUAAGGUUUCAACUGUUAUUAAAACAACACAGCAAAGCCCUGUUCCGGCAAGUGUCUCAGGUGUCACGAGUCCUGCAGCAAGUACAUCCCAAGUAGUAACUAAUACCAAUGUACCACGGUCUGCAAGUCCACGAAUAGAAAGGCAACAAUCUGUAGAAUUAACAGUUGUUAAUAAAUUGGUCAUUGACCCGAGAAAUACACAACCAUCGGGUUCCCCUAGAAGACGAGAUCAAAGUCCAGUAACCAUUCACAGAGUUCGCUCCAGAGACGUUUCUCCUGAUACAAGAGUCAGACCCAGAGAGAGGGGCAAAAGUCCAAUCAUGCAGCUUCUUCCCACAGAUCCAAGCCCUAAAUCUCCUAAGAAGCAAGAAUUGGGAACACCUUCCCCAGUCAGAUAUUUACCUAUUAUCUCUGUGAAAAGUAGACCAUCUGAAAAGGUAAUCGUUCAGCAACCCAUCCCAUCUUCAGUAAUUGAUCUAAGAGGUUUAGGACCGGCUAAAACUGCUGUGCCACCAGAUGAUUCUGUAGUUUUAAUAAAACAAGCUGUCAGUUCCCAACCGGUAGAAUUCCAUAAACCAUUUGGUUCUGGAAAGGACCCAAUGCAAGGCAUGAAACAAACGUUUAGUGAGCAGAAAAUACAGUCGCAUGUGGACGAAAGUCACAGCCAUGACCCAAAAGUUGGAAUUAAAAGGUCCAUUAGUACAGAAAAACUACAUAUGAUUGAGACAAACACUGAUGUAGUAACAAGUGAUAAGAGUGGACCCUUGGGAGCUAGAUCUGAAAUAAUUGGUACAGAUGUUACCAGAACUCAUCUGGUUACGGAACAACCUGCUAUUCCGUCUCAGAAAGUUCAACCUGGUCAAAUACCAGUCAGUGCAACUCAGAGGGAGAUUUUGACAAAAGAGAACGUGAAACAGUCUGUUAUGGAAGUCGGUAAACCAAACUUUCCAAAGGGUACCAUAAUGGUCGAUAAACCAGGCUCUCAUGCCAUGAUUUCUACAAAUACCAUAGCUCUAGAUCCAUCGCCCUCUGGUAGAAGUAGAAGUAACUCAGAGUCGUUUGCCUCACGAUACAGUUCUUCGGGAUCCAACAGUCCAUUGGGCUCUCCUUCAUCAUUGGUUGCGUCCAGGAAUUCAUCCAGAAGUCCAUCGCCAGUCAGAAGAAGCCCGUUGGACUAUGUUCAAAGUCAGUCCAUACACCAUGCUGAACCACCAAAGCAAUCCAGGGCUAAAACAUCCCUGUCUUUAAACUUCAACCAAGUGGACACAGAUCGGACACCUUACACACCUUUCAGUCCUGUCAAUACAACUCAGAGCCUUUUAAAUUUAUCGGGCGGUAACGAUUGGAAUAGAAGACAGCCACCUGCACCCCCGAAGAGAUCUAGUUCUGUGGAACGAAUGAUGACACAGUACUCAUCUUGUCCAACAUCCCCUAUAGGUGAGAGUCCCCAGGACCGACGGAAGACAUCCAUGUCAUUCACACCUUUCUUUGCUCGGUCUUCUGUUAGAGGCCCAGUAAAUAUUAAUCAAUACUUAGAUCAAGGAGUCCGAGCUCAAGUAGAUCGUUCUCGGCGCUGCCAAUCUGUUGAUAGACUCCCCUCUACCUAUUAUCCAUCUCAAGGGUCCUCUCCUGCACAACAGCAGAUGGUUUAUCACGCUCAACCUCAGUACUACAAUCCACCAUCAUUACAUAGAAGUGUGUCAGUUGAUGUCGUUCCUAGUUUAUUUGAGACAAAUCAAAGUUCCCCCUCAUACAGAGAAAUACCCGUCGAGCACCAAAUGUCACCAGACGGCGCAGCUACUCUGCCCCGAAGAAGAAGACGCCGAAACUCUGUGGAACUUAUGACCAAGAUGUUUGAUUCUGGAAUACCACUGCCACGGGAUGACGAGCAAACAGCAAAAGAUAUCGACGCUGCCCUGCAAUAUCCAGACAUGGGUCAAAAGCUUCUAACACAGAUACAGUCUCUUGGAAAUGAAAAUCACCAAUUUGAGGAGGGGUCUGCCACUUUGCCCAGAGGAAAGGAUUCCAGGGGUCCAAGGCUCAAACGGAGGAAUUCUGUUGAACAUAUUGCCAAAUUAUUUGAUCAAGGUAUUCCUGUGAUUCCGAAAGAUGAUGAUUCGAUCAUUACUCCAUUUUCUGCCCAAGGGGGAUCAACAGUUCAGGCACCUGUUAAUGUGGUUCGCCCCUUUAAAGAUAAUAGAAAUGGAAAUCAAACUAGAAAUAUCCCCCCAGAUCAACAGCAGCAAAACGUAGCGCACCUGCAACAUCCACUGUCUUCCAGAUUAUCAGCUUCUCAACCUCAUAUAGCAUCAAACAAUAGCAACCCAGUGAAACUAAAACCACGCAGUUUACGAAGUAUUCAAACUUCGGUCACAAAUCCUCCUGGUCAGCAAGCAGGUAGAUCCAGAGCGGCUGCCUGUUCCCUCAACCUCAGGAAUAUCCCAGCAAAAUCGGCCUCCCCUGAACCGCAAUCCGUUUCCCAAAAGCCAGUACUUCGUAGAUCAAUGAGCGAAAUUAGACGGCCCUCUAGUGGCAAAAAUCAGCAACAAGCUUCGCGGAGCAACAACGGAGAAGAAGAUGAAAAAUCCUACAAAAGACUGUCAGUUGGGGAAGCAGCACGUCUGUUUGACCAGAUAACAGUGAAAGAACCCGUCGCCCCGCGUCGCAGUGGUGGGCUGAACAUUGCUGGGAAAGCUCAGAAGUUUUUAGCUAAAUUUAAGUGAUAUUGCUUGCUGCUAUAAGUUUGCAACAUAAGACGAGAGAUCCUGCUUUUUAUUGUCAUCACCUUACGGCCCGCUCAGGCUAACAAGAAUUUCGCUACUUUCGAUUUUUGUUGGUUUUGUUUUGUCAUCAGUUGCUGUAUAUUAUGUCAUAGUUUCUUUGGCUGACGUCAUUGUAUCAGCAUCAUUCACGUCUCUCUGUUGUCCCAGAUUGCAAUUAUUCACUUUUCGUCUGUUACUCAGUUCUGGCAAUUGAGGAACAUGUGUCGGAAACUUUAUUUUUGGGAGAAUAAAUUCUGUGUAAGAAAACCAUAUCGUCUAAUCCUUAAAAUUGGCACACCGCACUUCAAUGAUGUGAUCAUGUUGCUGUGAGUGAGCUGGCUAGAUUCAGUGUUAAGACUGUUGAAUUUACAUAUGCCCAAAAUGGCGCCACGGGGAUCUGUCCGGAAGGAAUUGCUGCUACAGGUAGGCGGCCAACUCCUUUACAGCUACAAACACACAAAUAUUCGAAUUUUAAAGAGCAAAUUCCUACAUAUUUAUUCCCCGACAGAGGUCGCCCUACAUGUAAAAUAGAAAAGUAGCAUAUUUUUUUGUUUGAUAUAUGGUAUCGUAGACAACAAAAUCUAGAUACAUUAUUUAAGGUGAUAGCUUGUGUGACAUAUUUAUUAAGCUUAUUUAUAAAGUUUUGUACAUAUUUUGUAAUAAUGAUAUUUUUGAGUGAGACGUAAGUGCCUAUAGUCUUUCAUAGCGGCAUGAUAAUAGCUUGUAUAUUUAAUUAUUUAUUGCAAACUGUCUUAAUUACGAGUUAUCUCCCCUUAGAAUUUUAAAGGCGUUGAUAUUGUAGUCAAGAAGUUAAUAAGAAUAAUCAUUCUCCACACAAGUCUCGCGGUGUGGACUGCAAGGGAAGACAACUCUGUUUGAGAGAUGGAAGAAUAAUAUGUGUUAGGCCCUAUAUAUAAGAAUUUGCGCAUUAACUGAUGGCAUGACAAUCGAGUUUGCUCUCUUACAUACACAAGCAUUAAAAUAAAGAUUCUUACCACUGCUUGACUAUAUAUACUACAACAAGUUUUAUUUUAAUCCCUGCAAGUGCCUGUGCAUACAUGCGUAUUCAUGAUAUUGGGAAUAAAUGGGGAGAUAACUCAAAUGGACUCAAGCAUCUUUAUUUCUCUAUUUAAGUAAAUGGAACUUUGAAGAGUACGAAUCUAAACAGAUAAUUGUAAAAAUAUCAGAUUUAGAUAGGUCUGUAUUAUAUGAUAACAAAUAGAGAUGUAUUAGCUUUUUAAAAAAAAGGUUCGACUACGUCUAGAACAAUUACACCGUGGUUUCAUUAUAUACAUUGUUCUGCGACCUUCAGUACCAGGGUUAUGCCCCUUUUGUCGUGGUUUCCAGCAAGCCUCGCCAAGUUGCCGUCAUCAACGAAUGAUUACGGUCAAAAAGAAAAUGUCGAUAGGAAGAGAGUAGGGGGGGGGGAUGAACCCCGUCUAUUUCCAAUGAGAAUCGUUAAGUUGCGGUCAUCAUCAGAUGAUUCCGGUAACAAACGAACUGCCCACAGGAACAGAAAAGCGGGAAGCGAGGCAAGAAGGCGAAUGGCGGUUAGACCCCAUCUGUUGGUAAAACCACUGGGUAAGAAUAUGAUUGAGUUUCUUAACAUUACUGCAUUUUCCUUCGGUUUGAAAAAUAUUAAUAUACUCUAUAAUGUUAUCAUCAUUAAAUAGUAAGUUAUGUAUAAAGUAUAUUUUGUGUCAUAAAUAGUAAGUUAUGUAUAAAGUAUAUUUUGUGUCUUUGUAAAUAGAAUUAUAUUUAAAAGAAUUUCUUCACGCAAGGGAAGACAACCCUAUAAUUGCACUAUAUUCUGUUAAGUUUGUGCAAAUUCGCUCUCAGGCCACAUAAAUUUAAUUCUUAGUUUUUUUGGGUACAUGAUCCAUAAAUAACCCAGUCAAUUCCCGUGUACGAGCUUCUCCUUUAGAUGAAAUUCACCUUGGGCACUUCCCUGCAAAGACAUUAUGUCUUACCCAAAAAAGCUGGAUCAAGCCUAUUUUCUGGCUUCCUCUGACAAGUUUCUUAGGAAACACUUGUCUACGAUAUCACCCUAGUUGGUAGUGGACGUACAACUCCAGGAACGAACAAACGCACCUGUACUAUGUUUUCUUAACAUACAUAUUUGGAACUAAAAACUUUUGAGACGAACAACUAAGUGGUUGUUUUUUUAAAUUAGUACUAAUCCUGAAGGAAUUUUAUAGCUAAAACCUUGAUAGGUAUUACCGAAGAACUGGCCCCGAGUUCACAAAACAUUCUCAGACUUCAGUUAAAAAUUUACUCUACUAUCAAUCACUUUUUGGAUUUAAUCAUCAAUGAGAUUUCAGCAGCAGAUCGGAUUCAUAUCCCGUGACAAUCCGACACAUAAGAUGGCAUCGCGAGUUGAUUAAGGUCUUUUCAUGUUAAUAAAUUAUGCCUAAUUAAUAGUUUUAUAUAACAUUUCAGGCCUAAAGAAAGGCCUGCAAUAGGCAGAUUUGGCUCUUGCAUAAUGUAUGUUUAAGUCUGAGAAUGUUUUGUGAAACUGGGGCUAGAUAUUCAAAUUGUUGUGGCCUAAGAUUAAAUUAUGAAAAUGUUUUUUUGUUUUGUUACAUGCUUGUAAAUAUAUUAAUUAAAAUAACGGGUCUGCUGUUUGUCUACUGGCAAGCAACGUUUAAUUUUGAUUGGUUCGUAGAAUCAACCUACGAUCAAGGGCUGUUAAUUUGAAUUCUUUAAAAUCCCCAUGGAUAAACCUAGGGUAUAGUGGAGUAUAAUGGAACGACACCGCUGGAGAUACCGAGGAUGGUGCACACCUUGAAAAAUAUGUUGUAUCUGGAUCCCCGCGUCGAAAGACUCUCGGACCCUGUCAAAUUCUAAGGAGAACUGCACCCAUUGCAGAUUCUUUACAUUUUAUUAAUUAUUUAAUAUUAAAGUAGUUUCAAAAGUACGCAACCCCAAAUCAAAAUCAUUUCGACUGUAAUGAACAAAUCAAAGCGCCGACUGCGCCACCGUCAGUGUAAAUGUUAGUCACAAUUUGUCACCAAACCAAUUCGCUCGUUCUAGAUUCGUUAUUUUAACAACAGGUGACAAUUCUAUAGAAUACAGUUACUGUUUAUUACUGAGCGACAUUUCGACUAGGCUUCUAUAGUCGUUAUAUCAAUCAAUCCUCGGCAACAAUCAGUGCCGGACUGGUGUGCCGAAGGCCCACCUGUCAGGUCAUUGACCAAGGCCCACACAAGUAUCCUGUCCUCUCCUUCGUUCUUUCUUUUUUGUCCUCCCCCUCUCCUUUCUUCUCUUUUCUUCUUUUUUCUUUAUGGGCUUAGGUCCACUUUUUUUAAUGAGCUUCGGCCCACCUGUCACGGACAGGUGGACAGGUGGGCCCAGUCCGGCACUGGCAACAAUCAUGUGCCCGAAUCCUGUUUACAUCUCGUGACCUUGACGGAAUCUGCUGGUGGCCUUAAUAUUUAGAUCUGACCUACGGAGGAUGGUCUUUAUCAAGCAAAUGUUCUCUUGAUUUGUAUUUCUGGUUGUGCAAUUUUGAACCUAUCUUAAUAAUAGAUAAUAAAUAAAAUAAACAAAAAUGACAAUGGCAAUCGUCCAAUAUAUAGCCUACUGCUACACUUGUCAGAGGACAAUUUUCUUGUUUUUAGUGCGUACAGUAAAAAUAUAAUCAUCACGCCGGAUGGAUCGAAACAAAUUUGAUCAAUUUGUAGAUUAGGAGUUGAGUGCAGUUAAAUUAAUUACCGUUGUUAUUUCUAUCAAUAUAUUUUUUUAUGAUUCUCUGAUCUCUUUUGCUACAAACUGGCUUUACGUUAAAACAUCCGGUAAACCUCGGCAGAUUCCUUUACUCUACAUCUAGCCUAGGCUGUAUGACGGUAAAUGAUAUGUACUUACGCCUAUGCAAUUGCGUCGUUCGAAGCGUGUGUAGAAUUUUCAGUGCAAAGUUUUCCUUGUUUGAAGAAAAUCCGAUAAACUUUAAAGAAAAAUAGCUCCAGACUUUGAAAUAUUUGUAUGAUAAAACAUUCUUUAAAGGUGUCGUCAUGGGCAACACCGUUGGUAACCCAGGCACUUGAAAGUAGUUCCAAUGGCAGACUUCGUCAUACAGCCGAGGCUAGAUGUAGGGUACUGGAGUCGGCUGAGGUUUGCCGAGUGACGUUAAAAGGGACAUUUUGUUUAGAAUGUUAAAUAGGAAAUGCCGUUACGUUACCAAUUGUUUUCUUUUUGAAGCACAUGGUUCGACAAUGCCAUGUGGCUCUUUGUAUUUUCCUUCUCGAAACGACGUGACAAGGAGUAGGGUCGGAUGUCCAUACCUCGUGGGUUUUCUCCGGGUCCUCCGGUUGUUUCCUCCCACUGUUAAAGACCCUACGCGCAAACGAAUUAUUGAAAUAAAAAAUUAAACCAUUGUUAGUCCCGAAAUGACCUAGCUUGUGUCGGGUGGAUUUUAAACCCCAUCUCUCUCUCUCUCUCUCUCUCUCUCUCUCUCUCAUCCAAUAGUAUCGUUCAUUGUGCAGAAUUAUGGCUUAUGCAAUAUCAGUCGGAUUGAAGUUAGAUUUGUUUUCAAUUCGUUUUUCGUUUUCUUUCGGAUUAUAUUAGUUUGAACCAUAAAGAUGAAACGAUAGCUUCGAUAAUAUGCAUACAACAUACAUUCUGGUAGAGCCGCAUUUAUCCAUGGGCAUAGAAAGGCCAUUGGCUAUCUGGUGAAUAAAAAUUUGGCCUGAAACAUGCCAACAUUUAAAUAAUUUACGGGCCCAAUGUUGUGUUUGGCCUAGGGCCCCCAAGUAAAGUUAUCUGUCCCUGCAGACAGUUGGACUUCGUCAAAGGUAUCAUGAACCCUUCUGUAAUGCCGUCUAUAUAACCAGAUUACCUGAUAUUUAAAGACCUUUAAAAGCAUGAUUCCAUCCACAGAAAUUGUUAACUUCAUUGCUUUGAUGCCUCUGGUAUGGGCCAAAAUUUGUGUGGGCCUUAUCGCAAGGUAUGAAGCAAUAAUAUCAUUUGUAAUUUUCGCAAGUUUUAUAGGUGAAAUGUCUCUUUAAUGUCUGCUAUAUUAUUAUUAUUGUAAUAUUACAUGCCUUUGUCAUUGUUACUUUUUUUUAUUUCGUUUUUUUUCUUCUAUCGUUUUGUAAAUAAAACAUAAUGGGGCUAUUUAA